AUGCCGGCUCCGCGUGGCCAUGGUCGCUGGGUCUCAGAGCCGAAAGAGAGUCGCCGCCCUCAAGGUUAUGGCUACGGAGAAUCUGCCAAACUGGCCGCUUCGCGGUUCAAGAAGCACAAAGGGACUUCUAUUUCUGGGAGAGCACACCUAUCUCCUGCUGUGCCACAAACAGUUGAUGUAGAUGGCUUGGACAUUGCUUCACCUGAGACAAGGUUACACCCAUCUCAAGAAUCCGUUCAAAGCAAGGAGUUGGCGCCAGAGCAUGAAGAAGCGGUGGAUGAAAUGAUAAAAAACGCCUUAGUGGCUCCUGGUCGUAGAUCAAACAGGAAGAGGCCCAAGAUGAAGAUGGUUUCCGCUAUCGAAGCUGAAGAGGUUGUCGAGGAGCCGGAGCAAGUGCCCGAGCCUCCUGAAGCCUGCUUGCUCCGAGAUGCUGACCUCUUGGAAGCUUGGUCCCGGGGUGAGACACUGAUCAUCGACGAUGAGUUCCAGAUUGAGCAAGGCAACGGACACAUCGAAGGUGACCUGUCCCUCGGGACCAAGGCGCGACGGCUUCGAAGGAGAGUUAAAAGACGGGUGCGACGCAUUCAGGAGGAUCUUCUGACUAGUGAGAUUGAUGCGGACAUCGAUGCCGAGAGCUUCAUGCAGGAAGCAAUUGCGCAAGGACAGUCUUGGUGGAGUGAAGGUAUGGAGGUCGGUGAUGCGGAUUUCGAAGGUCUGGAAGAUCUGGACUUGGAGGAAACCCAGGAGAUCGAGGAUUCGGACGAGUUGGAGGAGUUGGAGGAGUUGGAGGAGUUGGAGGAGUUGGAGGAGUUAGAGGAGUUAGAGGAGUUAGAGGAGUUGGAGGAGUUAGAGGAGUUUGGGAAUGAAGAGGUUGAGCCGGUUGAGCUGUUAGAGGAAGGAGAGGAAGAACUUGAGUGUGAAGCGGAUCCACUACAUCUGUUGGAUCUGGAUCAGUUGGACCAGUCCACAGAGGAAGCUGAGGAACUCGAGGGAGUGGAGGAGAGACCAGCCUCCACAGCAUCCCUUGUUCCAGCAGCUCGAAUUUCCAAGGAGGAACCCCGCAAAAGGGCUCGGCUGGUGCCAGAGAAGAGUCAGACUCUUGCGGUUGCUCGAUUACGGAGCAGGCCUCAGCUCAAGCCAGCCGUUGGGGCAGACAGCAAGGCUGGUGAGAAAAGGAAAACUCUCCCCGGAUCGACUGAGACGGAUCCCAUGCAAGCGCGCUACAUGCCUCCCCAUGAGAAGCGGCGAAGAAUCGAACUCGCCAAAUGGAAGGAGAUCAAGGCAGCGUGGCAUCGGAAACUGCUAGAAGAAGAAGCUCAGGGUCCACGGAAGCAGAAGCAGAAAGCAGAACCCAACAUGCGAGCUUUGGCGCGUCGCUUUGAGGCUACACUUGAGAAGCCAGGGUCCUGCUGCUUCAAUCCGCUUCAAAAGGAUGAGAGAAUAGUCGUCUCGGCCGAUGGGCUGCGUGCCCAGUGCGAAGCCACCACUCCCAAUGUGACAACACCGAGUGGCAUCAAGGGCUUGCCCCUGGUAGCCGGUGGCAAAUACCAAUACGAGGUGGAGCUUCGUCGAGGUUGUGCUUUGACAAUUGGCUGGAGCCCGGCCUUGGUACUACCAUCAGCGCUUGCCAGUAGUGGUCGCAGUGCUGCGCGACGAAUGCUUGGAUACUCAUCUGACGGAGAGCUUAUUGGAGAAGGUUGCUUGAUAGACGUUCCUCCCUUUGGCCGUCAGGGAGAUGUUGUUGGUGCCCUUCUUGAUUGGCAAGCCGGCUCAUGCGGUCCUAGAUUGUCUUUCAUGCUGAAUGGGCGCAACUUGGGCAUGGCAUUUGACCUUCGUGCAGAAGGCAUUGAAAUACCGCCACUGCAGCCGCACAUCUGUCAGGGGCAAGGAGGGCCAUUCAGCAUCCUGCUGCGUGGUGCGUUGCCGCAGGUCCCGCUCCGUUUUCCUAUGCGUGGCUACCGUCCGCUUGGCAAUAUCGCAGAGGAGCAUUUCUCACCCUUUAGCAAGGCUGUUGAACUUGCAACCUCCUCCGCAGAAAAUGGCACUUUGCGCCAGCAAAAGCCGCCACCAGCAGCGGCUCGGAGACUCAUCCACAGCAGCCUUGGUCUCGCUUUGCCCCUGCCACAUGUGGCGCAGGAGAAGAGUCUUGGCAAGAAGCUGAGACCACAGCCUGACUCCCAAGAGCUCAGUAGAGAUGGAUAG